AUGCUCUCCUCGGGGCCUCCUAUCAAGCGCUCGUCAUCGCCGUCGGGAUUUAACGAUGGAGUCGACAUCAAGCGACUCAAGCGCCCCUACCAUCACCACCAUCGCCUCGCCCACCCCGUUAACGUCACCCUACCGGAGCCCGCCAUCGUAGAUGAGACCUACGUCGACCAUGUGAUGAACCGAUCGAUCGGGCUGGCUCUACGAGAGUCAGGUUUCGACAUUGCCGAUCCAGCAGCGCUGGAGAGCUUCCGCAUUACCGCGGAAGAAUAUCUGUUGAAAUUCGCGUCCUAUGUACGACAAUCGAUGCUCUCGAGCCGGCGCAUCCAACCUAUUCCGCCAGACUUCGAACAUGCGCUCCGGCGACAGCGUGUGCGCGUCGACGACCUCCUCCCUCAUGUGAAACCCAACCCAAAUCUCGAGCCAGUCCCGACCCUUCUGAGCGAUCCGCCGGAGGACGACUCUUUCAAAACCCUUCCCUCUCUUGGCCCCCAACUCAGCGGGGACGAUGAUCGCGUCCGCAGCGCAUAUAUCCCGAAACACUUUCCGGAAUUCCCCAGCAAACACACCUACCGACACACGCCGGUCUUCACGGAACGAGAACAAGACCCACGGAGGAUCCGGGAGCGGGCAACGGAGGAUGGACGGCACGGAGAAGAGGCACUGCGUAAGCUGGCUCGCGCAGCGUUCAAGGAUAACCAGACUGGGUCGUCCGGCCGUGAUAAGAAACCGUGGGGCCGGCGGACAGAGAGCAUGGACAGCAUGUUCGAGAAGACGAUCAAGGGUCUCGCGAAGAGGAUGCAGAAGAACAGCACGGUGCUUGGACCUGCGGCGCCGAUGGUCAUCGAUUCGGGCGCCGCGACUGACUCUGACGUGAAGCCGUCGCGCAACAAGGUGUCACUGAACAUCGAGCUCCCACCGAUUAUCAACUGUGAACGGGAUCUGUGGCGUCGCUCCGCCGUGGCCUCCGAUAGGAAGGCGGAGGACAAGCCUCAUAAUGCAAAGGAGGCUGCGAAUGCCGCGAAUGUCGCAAAGGUGGAAAACUGGGUGACCACAUGA